UGUGUGCUCUCAUCAUAGGCUUACCCAAUAUUAUGAGGUUAAGUCAUGAAAGGAAAGUAUUUCCAAGAAGUUGGUUCCAAACAUUCGUGAAUCUUCAAAUCUAUAAAUGGAAGCAAUCAAGAUGUCUGAAAUUGAAGUGGGUUUGGUCUGAAUCAAAAUUGAAAUGUAAAUAAUUGUAAUUGUAGCUUAUGCUCAGAGUCAUCCUAUAUUGAUUUAAUCGAUCCUUUUGAAGUUGGGCACAGAAUUAAAGUGUUUUAUGAAAAGCUAGAAGAGUUUGUAGCUUUCGCUGAAGAUCUUAAUUAUGGAGUUUGUCCUGUACAGUGUAGUGCCCUGGUUGUCACAAUAAAAGAGGAACUUCAAAUAAUUUUGGAGGAGUUGGAGAGAGCUAAUAGAGCUGGCGAACAUUUCAAAUAUGAAUCUUUGUUUGAAAAAGUUGUGAAUACAGAAAAUCUUUUCAUUGAAGACAAAGAAUACACUUCUGUGGUCAAGGCUUGGUUUAAAGGAACAACGCAAGCUAAACUAGAAGACCUAAGAAGCAUCGAAACUAUCAAGCUAGAACUCGAGAAAAAAAAGAUACGAGAACAAAGAAGAGUUGUUAAACAAAAGCACCAACAAGAAAUAAGUUCUCUGAAGUCUGAACUUGAACAGAAAAUAAAAUUUCUUGAAAAGGCUGAAAUUGAGAAUAAGAAUCUUACUGAAGAAGUUAAGAAAACUAAGUCAGACUUUGGGAUGAUGAAGCAAUCACUAAUCUCAAGCCUGAAUCUCUCUGAACACUCUGACUUCAGCCUCCUCAACAAAAUUAUCACUGGGGAGAACAAACAAGUCGGGUCUGAUGCCUCUCUGGAAUAUAAACUUUGAAACCCAAAACAUAUGGAACUUAUUAAAUCUUUGAACAGGAGGAUGCCUGAUAUUGAUAUACUAAAUCUGGCCAAUAUCCCCGUGGAGUGACAAGAAGUUAAGAUUUUUAUGGGCAACUGUUUUCCUAGUAAAGUUAGAUCAUUCCAUUUUAAUAGUGACUCUUGCUUAAGUUGCUCUUUGGGGUUUUAUUUGGAUGAACUGAUGGAGGUGAGUCAGAGAGUUACUGGGCAUUUGUAUAUUUAUCAGUUUGAAGUCUCCCAGGACCAACUAGUCGCCCUCUUCGCAGCUAACAGGCAUACAGAGUGCUUUGGAUUUACCCAAUGCAAGCUUGACUUAUCUUCUGUUCCUGAUUUCAGAGGAAGCCUAGCUGGAAGCACAAUGAAAGGACUGGAUUUGAAUGGCUGAAGAGACUUUUUGGGCGGAGACUGGGGAGAUCAUGGGAUGAAAUUUGAGAAUCUGAUUGCUGGGCUAGCUCAAGAGGAAGAUUUUAGAGAGAAUUUGGAGGAGAUUUAUAUGUCUGAGUGUGCAAUGGAGGAGGAUUUAGUGGAGAAGAUUUUGUCUGAUCAUGGCUUUGGGCAUGUUAAGAUUGAAGAGUAUUCAAAGUAGAUGUCACGACAGAAAUUGUGGAAAGGAGAAUCUUACUUUACCAGAUUG